AUGGUGAGUGAUCAAGGCACUCACUUCUACAACAGGAGAUUAACAGGCCUACUGAAGAAGCAUGGGAUCGUUCACAAGGUGGCUACAGCUUACCACCCCCAGACUAAUGGACAAGUCGAGGUGUCCAACAGAGAGAUAAAGCAUAUCCUGAAAAAGGUCGACAAGCCUCAAAGAAAAGACUGGAGUACCAGGCUUGCUGAUGCGCUUUGGGCAUACCGGACAGUGCUAUACAAAGAGAAGGUGAGGGCUGUACAUGACAAGAAUAUCAAGCGAAGGAAGUUCAAACCUGGGGAGUUAGUUCUCAUUUACAACUCCAGGUUGAGACUCAUGCCAGGCAAGCUGAGAUCAAGAUGGGAAAGCCCCUACAGAGUGGAGAAAGCUGAGCCAUAUGGCGUUUUCUACCUGAGGCACCCUUCUAGUCCCAAUAUUCUGAAGGUCAAUGGCCACCGCUUAAAGCUGUAUCAUGGUGAGAAGAUGAAGGACAGCAAGGAGCUGGAGAUCCACCUCUUGGCGGAUCCACCCACAGAAGUAGACUGA